CGCGCAAUAACAUUGUUGAACUUUCCCCACUCGCACCAAAUGUUGUUUUCACUCAAAGAGCCCACCAAGUGCCCCCGAAUCCACAUAUCAUUUUCACCGCAGUAGUCGUAAUAACAAGUUUCGUAUCCAAUUGUGAUGCAUAACAACACCUAAAAUUUAAUUUAGAAAAAAGAACAACAAAUACACAAUGUUUUUCAAAGUGAUUUGCAUGAUCGCACUUGUGUGCCUCGCCUCUGAGACCUUCGGCAAACCCACAAUUUAUAAACGCAAUGAGGAUAACAUUUAUGAACCAGUAAUGGUGCCAGUCUCAUCCACCGUGAUACCAUUACCAGUAUACGAGGUCGGGUAUGGAUUCGGUUUUAUAUCGAAGGACAAAAAGUCUCAAGCAUCAUUUAAGCCCGACGGCGCAGUGAAAUUAAUAACAGUGAAGAACGCUCAAGAAAACAUUUAAGCGCACUAGGAAAGUGUAAAUACCAGCUGCCGCAUUUGUCGCUGUUUAACGUUGGCCUCAUUAUGAUUGCGUUGUGAUUUGUCAACCUAGGAUGAGAUCACGAGAAAGGUUACAGCAACAGAAACUGGAGUUAACCGGAAAUUUCCUUUCACAUGAACCGCUUCAAACUCUUUAAAGGAUUUAAUUUAAAAGUCCCAAUAAGACUAGCCACACUAAAAUCUUUAAUAAAAUUAAUGAAUUCGAUUUUUUUGUAGGUUUUAAGUUGUCUGUCUGUUCUUAAUUUGAUUAAUUUUUGCAUGAACUCUUUUUGCGAUUAAAAUUUUCUGAAGCAUUAUAAUUUACAUGACUGCUAAUAUGAAAUUAACUGUAUGUAAGCAACGGGGCAUCUUUCCAAUAUUUACUGACGAAAGAAUCGGUUCUUAAAAAUUUGAUCGAAUAAAAAUAAAGAUUCAGUUCUUACGUAUUAUAUUAAUUUCGAAACUGUAUAAAAUGUCAAGCUACAAACCAAAAAUGAUUACAAUAGCUUUCUGACAAGUACAUAAAAUCAAAAAUUUAUAAUAAAACAAAAACAAAAAAUAUAAAUGAUUUUAAUUUUACUAAAAUUAUUGAAACAAUGACUCUUGAUCAGAAAGCUACUGUAUAUUCUGAUUAAUUCUGAUGAUCAGAAUAAAAGUAUUGUUUUAUAUCGCUAUGUAAAUAAAACCUGCAAUAAUGAAUAUAAAAGAGAAAAAAUGAAGAAAGAGAAUUUCAAUAUUUUUAUACAAUAGUAACCUUUAUUGAAAACCGGUAGGGUCUCUUUUCCUUAAAUGCAGUGAUUCAUCAUUUUUCGUCAAUUUAUUCCAAUUUUUUAUAACAAAUUUACAAAAACUUAAUGUUCUAACGGAUGUGAAUUCUAAUUAUUUAUAAUUACUGACGGCAGGAAUUAAAAAUAGUCAAUAUUAAGAAAAUUAAUAUUGAAAUGGAAUCAAGAGUCAUUGGAAGAUGCUGACUUAAUGUUAACUAAUUGUAUAUAGACCAGGUGCUCAUUAUGAAGUGUCCAUAGUUUGAUCCGCUGAAAAAAAACGUCUGAUAAGUCCGAUGAGUGCAUUUCCGUAUUUUGUAUUUGUAAUUUUAAUGUUAACGUAGAAUAGAGACGACCAGAGUAUAUUUAAGCAGUAAAUGUUCAAAUAAAGGGAAACUUGUCAAACUU